GUCGUAGCUGUUUCUUUCUGUUUUCUAUUUCACUCUUCCACUAAAACCAACCACACUGCAUUCUCCGCACACAAUACAAUUAUGCUACUAUGCAGUAAUUCAUCUCAUCCGUUGAUUUUGUUCAAAUCACACUAUGAAUUUUACUAUGUGAAACGAUAUUGAUCGUCGAUCUAAUCAGAUGGUUCAGAAUUGUAACUGCAUAACACAGUGUUUUGUUAACUUUCUCGCGCUUCUUUCUGUUUCUCUCUCUCUCUCUCUCCCGCAAAUACGUCCCACGAUAGUUUUGAAGGAACAAUAAAAUAACAACACCCUUCGCAACAAUGACCACUUAGCUAACUCUCUCUCUAUCUCUCUCUCUCUCUUCAUCAGUUGGUGAUGGUGGUUGCGGAGAAGACGAUGAAAAUCAUGAAUGUGAUCGAGAACGAACAGGCCUCAGCAAAACGCACAUUGAUAUACACAGAGAAUUAACACUGUGAAGUGGAAGUUUCUAAAGAGAAGGAGAAUGUUUAAGCUUCACAAGCACAGGUCUCCAAAAUCAGGAGACAGAAUUGAGUUCAGAAUUUCUCAUCUUAAGGCACUUCAGGUACCUAAGGGGUGGGACAAGCUGUUUGUUUCUGUUGUUUCUGUAGAAAAUGGUAAAACAAUUGCUAAGUCAAGCAAAGUGGCAGUGCGUAAUGGAAGUUGUCAGUGGUCUGAUACUUUUUCAGAAUCUAUAUGGGUUUCAAGAGAUAAUUCGUCCAAGGAAACUGAUGAUUGUCUCAAGCUUAUUGUUGCUAUGGGAUCAUUAAGAUCUGGCAUUCUGGGAGAGGCCACAGUUAGUAUGACCAGUUAUGUGAGUUCAGAUGCUGCUGUUCCACUUUCAAUCCCGCUAAAUAAGUGCAACCAUGGGACAAUUUUGAAUGUAACAGUGCAGUGCCUUGCACCAAAAACAAAACCCAGAGAUCAAGAAUCAAGCGAAACAAAGUCCCAUUUGAAGGCUAUAAAUGAAAAUAAUCAUGAAGUGAUUGUCAAGUCAAAUGGAUCUGAUUGUUCAUAUGUACAGAGUGUUGAAUCUUCCUCUGUUGAUGAUGGGGACUCUACCUUAUCCCCUGGAGAAGUUGAAACUAGGACAGCAAGUCUUUCUGGAUCUGUAUCAAAUUGCAGCUAUAACUCAGCUGAGGAUUCCACUGGAAGGGGAAAUUUCUCUCCAUGCAUCAGUGAUGGAAGCCCGACAGGAAGACAAGAUUCAACCAGUUCCCAGAAAAGUGUAUCUCAUUAUGAUUGCCCUGUUAAUAACUCUUCUCAGUCGAAUCAUUCAUCAUUCAAUUCCCAAAAUAUGCAAGACAUUGGUGCAUCAUCUUCUAAGAUGACCAAUGCUUCUAAUAAGAGUCUUGAAGCUGCAGAAGACACAAGUGAAGAGCUACGGGCAGAAGCAAAGAUGUGGGAGAUGAAUGCCAGAAAGCUAAUGGGUGACUUGGAGAUGUUGAAGACAGAAUUCUCAGAUCAAUCCCAAAAGCUGGCAGGUCUGGAAAUGGACCUUUCAGCAGCAUAUGUAGAGCGUGAUAGUUUUAAAAAAGAAAUUGAGCAGUUAACAUUGUCAUCAGGACAUACCAUAGCAAGACAGAAAACUUUGGAAGAUUCAAUAUCUCAAGGUGAAUGCAUUCCAGAAAUUGAAAACGCUAUAAAAGAUGAAUUAAAGUUUCAAAAAGAAUCCACUGCCAACUUGUCUUUGCAACUAAAGAAGAGCCAAGAAGCAAAUGUUGAACUUGUUUCUGUUCUCCAAGAGCUGGAACAGACCAUAGAACAGCAGAAACUUGAGAUAGAAAACCUUUCAUCAUUACCCUCAAAACUCAGUACUCUCGAGAAAUCUUUCCAGCUAAGUGAAGAAGGAAACAGGGUCUUUAAACAACAAAUAGAACAGUUAGAGGAAUCAAAGAAAACCCUGCUGGCUAAGGUGCAAGAACUGGAAGAGGCAUUGGAGGAUACGAUUCAAGACAUUGAACAUGCAAAGAUUCCAAACAACAAAACACUUCCAGAUAUUGAAAGGGAAUAUGAAAGCAAGUUAUCUGCUAAAGAGGAAGAAAUUUCAAGUUUGAAAGCAAGGUUGUUUGAAUCUGUCCCAGAAACCUGUAAUGUGGAGACUGUGUCCAGAAAUGUAGGUGAUGCAGAUCUUUUGAAACAAAUCGAAGUACUGAAAGAGAAAGUUGAGGAACUUGAGAUGGACUGUACUGAGCUGACAAAUGAAAACCUUGAGCUUUUAUUCAAGCUAAAAGAAGCAAAGACAGCUUCAAAAGAUGGAAGUGCAUCCGAAGAACUUUUGUCAAACAUGCUCAAAGAUCAAUCUUUUUCUAGCUCUGAAUCUGAAGUCAGCAGCAAUUUAUUUCGAAUAUUUCAUUCAGAAGACAUGCUCCAGGAGAAAAACGCUGAGACGAUUAGUAAUAAUAGUCAUAAUUCAAUUCGAGAGCUCGAGACUUCCAAAUCACCACUAGUAGAUGUGAGAAUCAAUGAUCUGAAUAAUCAUCUAACUAAUAAAACAUCUGAUAUGGAUAGCGAUGAGGCUGACACAUCAAGUAAAGAAAAGGAGAUUGGGGUUCUAAAGAAGCUCCUGAGCAAGUUGAAAGCCAAGGUUUAUCAUCUUGAACAAGAGAAAAGUCAACUAGAGGAACACAUGGAUGACAGGAUAAAAGAAAGAACGCAUGAAAUGAUGCUCCACAUAUCAGAUAUAGAACAUGAAAAUGGACAGCUGUCAAUGCGUGUUUCUGCUUUAGAAGAUGAAGUGAGAGAUUUGACAAACGAACAAGAGUCCCAAUUAUCAGAGCUAGAGAAUGAUAGAAAUCAAGCUGCAAGGCUCCGAGAGAAGAUUAUGGAGAUGCAGUAUGAGAUGGAUUCUUCCAUAGAAGAUUUGAAACAAAAACUAAAGGCGACACAAUUUCAUUGGUCAGAAGCACAAGAAGAAUCUGAAUAUCUCAGAGGAGAAAAUCAGCAGCUACAAAUUACCAUUGAAAAUCCUGAAGACGAGUGCAAUUCAUUUGAGAAUCUAAAUGGAUAUUUGAGGCAGCAGAAGUUGGAGUUAGAGGACAAUUGCUCCCUUAUGGGAGCCAGGUUGAGGGAAUCAAGUGAAAGGUUUGCUGAUUGCUGUGGAAGAGUGGGAUUCCUAGAAAAGAAAUUUUCUCUAAUGCUGGAAGAUAUUGCAUUAAAAGAGAAGGAUUUAACUUCAGAUAUGGAUGGUAUUUUGGAUGAGAAUAAAAAACAUAUGGCGCAGGGUCAAAACUUAUUGAAUGAGUUGCAAAUGGAGAAGAUGGUAGACAUUCAGAACCUUAAACUAGAAAUAGAGAACCUCAGCCUGAAAUUUUCAGCAGCCUAUGAUGAAAAAGAGAGAAUAGCUUCCAAUGCUUUGCUUGAAGUAUCUGAAUUACGUGCUGAAAAAGACAAACUGGAAUAUGCUUUUGGAGAAGCUCAAUCUAAAGUGAUUUUGUUUAAGACUGAGGUCAAUACGAUGCAGACUCAAUAUGAACAAAAGUUGAAAGAGCAAACAACUGAGCUUGCUGAUUUCAAAACUAAAAUGGAAAUGCAGAUAGCUGAACAUGAAAAAUUGGCAAAACUGGUGGAGGACUACAAAUCAAGAGAACUGAAAUUCAAAAGCACUAUAAAUGCCCUUGAGUCAAAACUUACAGUCACUGAAUAUGAAAGACAUAAAUACCUGGAUGAAUCCGGAAAUUUAAAGGUUCAGUUGCAGCAGACACGUCAAUCUGAAAAUGAGAUAAUGGCUCUAAAAAGUGAGCUCAACGCUUCCAAUACUGAGAAAGAACGACUGGAAGCCUCAUUAUGCUUGACAUCUGAUCUAUGUGAAGAUCUGAAGGCAGAGAAUACAUCAUUGGAACAAAAGGUAUCAAGAUUGGAGACGGCUGCAUCAGAAUUGGAGCACUGCAAGAGAACUAGAGCAUCCAUUGAAGAAAGGAUUAUGCAGUUGGAGAACGACUUGAAGGCAAGAGAAACAAGAUGUGCUCAUCAUGAUACUGAGCUCAAUAACAUCAAAAGAAUAAAUAGCCAGCUUCAACAGACCAUACAACAACUUGAACAGGAAAAGGCUGAAUUUCAGAGAAAAGCUCAGGCCUUUGAAGAAGAAUUGAAACUGUUUAAGGAACAAAAGCGAAAUCAAGUUUCGAAGUUAAACAGGAAAACUGUUCACGAUGAUCAGAAGGCUUCAAAAAAUUCUAUGGUUAAGAAUACCAAUCAAGUUCGCAGUAAUAGAAAAAAGUCGUCAUUAAAGAAUGACAGAGAAAUCCUGAAAGAUCAACAUGACCCUUAUUACAGCAGCAAACAUCAGAAUGAGGUGGAAAGUGAACAUGGACUUCUUGAUGACAAUGUUCAUACGGUUGAAUUAGAACCAGUAUCGAAGACUCAAUUGCUUGCGACUGAACUAGAAAAGUCAGAAGAAGCGAAGAACAUAUAUGAAGUUCAACUUAACAGAUUGUCACCUCAAGGCCGAAACAACCAGGCAGAAGGCCCAGUAAAAUCAAUGGCUGAAGAAGAAGUAGUGACAAAAGAAAAGUUUGAACGUACAAAAUCAAUGCUAGAGGAAGAGUUAAGAGAUAUUCAGGAUCGCUACUUCCACAUGAGCCUUAAAUAUGCAGAGGUAGAAUCUGAGCGUGAAGAACUUGUAAUGAAGCUCAAGGUGGCUAAGAGCAAAAAAGGAUGGCUCUCAUAGAACUACGACCAUCAUUUUUUAUGCUGACAAUCUCAGGUUCCAUCUAUCACGAAUUUGAAGUGCCAGAGUUUUCAAUCUGUUAUAGAAGGUAUAGUAUACAUUGAAAAGAAAUUCGGAAAGUAAUAAAGAAACCAUAAUGGUCAUUGUAAAUAUCAGAAAUUUUGAAGGUAGAAAUUAACACAGAAAGUGAUACUGUGAAUUGUCUUGCGGUCAAUACUAGGACUUUUAUGUACACUAUUCUUUGGUAUUCCUCCAUGAGUGGACCUAUUACACAGUUUCAAUUUUCAAACAUUAAACUUUCAUGUUUUGGAAUUUUAUAACUGAUGCUAUUAUCAACAACA